CUAUUCUUCUUCGCCCUUCACUCUUAUUUCCGUCGUGGUCCCUCAAUCUUGUUUUAGUCGCUUCAGGAGAAAACAGGCCUGUGAAGAAGCUGCUGCCACUGUGAGGGUCCCCGGAUUGGCUUUUUUGGCUACAACAACACUCUCCUGAUACUUGACCAACAUGAAUUUCAGCAAAUGCCUCUAUAAUAUUGGAGAGCAGCUGGACAGUGAUGAGCUGGCCUCCCUCAAAUUCCUUAGCAUGGACUGCAUCCCACAGAAAAAGCAGGAACCCAUCAAGGAUCCCUUGAUGUUAUUCCAGAGACUCCAGGAAAAGAGAAUGUUGGAGGAAGGCAACCUGUCCUUCUUGAAGGAGCUGCUUUUCCGAAUUAAUAGACUGGAUCUGCUGGUCACCUACCUGGACACCAGCAAGGAGGAGAUGGAGCAGGAACUUCAGAUACCAGGCAGAGCCCAGAUCUCUGCCUACAGGGUCAUGCUUUUUCAGAUUUCAGAAGAUGUAAGCAAAUUGGAAUUGAGGUCCUUUAAGUUUCUUUUGAGCCAGGAGAUCUCCAGAUGUAAACUGCAUGAUGAUUUGAACUUGCUUGAUAUUUUCAUAGAGAUGGAGAAGAGGGUCAUUCUCGGGGAAAGAAAUUUGGACACCCUGAAAAGAAUCUGUGACCAAAUUAACAAGAGCCUGCUGAAGAAAAUCACGGAUUAUGAAGAAUUAAGCAGAGAGCAAACAAUGAGCCCUCAAAGAAGUCUAGAUGAAGUUUCAAAUGAUAUGUCUCAGUUGCUUAUAGGGGAGGAAUCCCUGAGGGUACCGCCAAUGUCGGACUCUCCAGGAGAACAGGACUAUGAAUCAGAGACAUCAGAGAAAGUUUACCGAAUGGAAAGCAAACCUCGAGGAUAUUGUUUGAUCUUUAACAAUUAUGACUUUAGCAUAGCACGGAAGGAAGUGCCCAAACUUCAGAGCAUUAAGGAUAGGAAUGGAACAGACUUGGAUGCAGAUGCUUUGUGUCAGACCUUUAGUGAGCUUCAUUUUGAGAUUGUGCCUUUCCGAGACUCUACAGCCAUGAAAAUCUGUGAGGUUCUGAAAUCCUACCAAAGCAUGGACCACACUAGCAGGGAUUGCUUUAUCUGCUGUGUCCUCUCCCAUGGAGACAAGGGCAUCAUCUAUGGCUCUGAUGGGCGGGAAGUCCCCAUCUAUGAGCUGACGUCUUACUUCACUGGCUCAAAGUGCCCUUCCCUUGCAGGCAAGCCCAAAAUUUUUUUUAUUCAGGCUUGUCAAGGGGAUAACUACCAGAAAGGUAUAGCUGUUGAGACUGACUCCGAACAGAAGGAAGCCUAUUUAGAAAUGGACUCGUCAUGGCAGAAGAGAUAUAUUCCAGAAGAUGCUGACUUUCUGCUGGGGAUGGCCACUGUGAACAAUUGUGUUUCCUACCGAAACCCCAUGGAGGGGACCUGGUAUAUCCAGUCACUUUGCCAGAGCCUAAGAGAAAGAUGUCCUAGGGGUGAAGAUAUUCUCACCAUCCUUACCGAGGUGAACUUUGAAGUGAGCAAUAAGGAUGACAGAAAAAACAUGGGGAAGCAAAUGCCACAACCUACUUUCACACUGAGGAAAAAACUCUUCUUCCCUCCUAAUUGAUGCUACUGUUUAGCUGUAUAACACUAUGCUUAAUUUAUUUGUCAGUAAAAUGCUGCUUUUUUUUUUUUUGGAUGGCAGGAAGGGGAGAGGAUCGGAGUCAGGACAACCUAAUUCUCAUGCAAAUUUAAGCCUAAAUCUCUGGCUUUGCAGUAAUAGCUAGAGAUUUAUAGCCCUAGGUAGGAUUUUAAUUUUAUUUUUGAUUCGAUGAAAAAGUUUUUAAAAAACUUAGAGUAGAUAAGGAAAUAUAGAAAGUUUAAAAAACGAUGGCAGAAUGAGUGUUCUUUGCACAUCUCUCAUCUGCUUCCAGCCUGGAAUCAUUUGAUUCCCUUCAAAUUGUUAAGCAUUUAAAAAAAAGUUAAGGAUAUUAUGCUAAAGCUUUAACCUGGAACACAGAGUUAAUGGUGGUGCAGAGAUUUUAUAAGGCAUAAGAAUGGGAAUGAGGAAAGCAAUUUCCCACUUGAGGCCUCAGAAUAAGUGAAUGUUGUUCAAGUACUGGGAGACAAAGUCAAAACCAUAAUCCUCCUCCUUUCUGUGAAAGGGCUGAUUCCUCAUUCCUGGUUCUUAUGAGAAUUUGUCAUAUUUACAUUCCUGCUAACUGGAUGUGCUUCUGUGGAGCGGAAUGUGAGGUACAAUUGUUAAAAGGUACUGUUGGACUCUUUUUUUUAAGUAAACUCUAUCCACUCCCCACCCCUGCCGACCCCCCACUUCACGACAUGGGGCUUGAACUCUCAACACCAACGUCAAGA